UUAUGCAGCCAGUCUGGAGAAGACAGGAGCAGUGAUGGAGCUGCUUUUGUUUUUUCUGAGCGUUUUUAUUCUUUUUAGAGAAUCUCAAACUUCCGGCUAUGUUAUUUGUGGAAAUCGACCCUUAUUUGAUUUACAACACCAGAAACAAGAAGAAAAAGGACUGAAUGCAGAUCAUGGAAAGUUAUCUAUUGUAGAUGCUUUCAUAGAUCAUUUACGACUUGGGGUCCUUCAUUUAAAAGAACUGAAUGUAGAUGAAGGAGAGUGGCCCUGGAUAACCAGUAUCCAGCAGCAGGAAAACAAUACCUACAGACAUAUCUGCGCAGGGACCAUCUUGAACAGUCGUUGGGUUAUGACAGCCGCCCAUUGCUUCAAGACACUUAAUGGAGAGAAUGCUACAAGGUCAUUGCAAUUGGUGUUUGGAGCACGUCACUUAUCUAACCAUGGACCAAAGUCUCAAGUUCGUUAUAUUCGACAGAUCAUUCAGCAUGAACAAUAUGAUCCAAAUACGGAGAAAAAUGACAUUGCAUUGGUUCAGCUAAAUGAAGCUGUCCAAUUUAGUGAUCGAAUUCAACCAGCUUGUUUACCCUCAUCAUCUGCUAAACUUGAACCCCUGACGGAAUGCUAUAUGGCAGGAUGGGGUGUUGAAGAGGAAGGUGAGGAAUCAGUGGCUAUAAUGCAAGAAGCCAAAGUGAAAAGGAUUGAUAACAAGAAUUGCAACAUAACCUAUCAUGGAGCCAUAAAAGAAAAUAAUCUAUGUGCAAGCCAAAACUCAACAAAUAUGACAAGCUGCCAGGGGGACAGUGCUGGACCCCUCAUGUGCAAAAUAAAAAAGGUCUUCUCUGUGAUUGGGAUAGCAAGUUGGGGAUCAGGCUGUAGCCAGAUUAAUUCCCCUGGAGUUUUUAUCUCUACGCAGAGCUUUGUAAAGUGGAUGGUUGAUACAAUCAUUAGUGAGGAAAUGAAAAGCACAACUGAGGUAAAUGAAUCUGUUCUAAACUUUCCUUUUGGAACUGUUAUGGAUGAUGUAAACCCAAGUGCAAAAGAGGAAAAGAAUGUGGAGCCUACAAAUCAAGCAACAAUUCAGAAUAUUCAAGAAAACCUGACUCUAAAGAAUCGUAGAAAACGAUUUAUUGUCCACGAGCCUCAAAAAGCCCUGUCUGUUCCACCAGAACUUACAGGGGCAGUGCAGAAACUUGAAGUUCCGCGCCAGUCCCAGGAUGCUCAGUCCGAGCAAACAAAUUCUGUGCUACAAGUUAUUAGUGCUGCACUUAAGCUUAAAGCAUGGAUAUUGGGACUGUUCCAUUAGAACUGCAGUUUUAUCAGUAUUUGGAGACAGUACCAGUGGUGUAACAACAGAGGAAGCAGACCAACAGCUUUGAGGGA